AUGUCGGAAAGGGAUUCCCCCAUUGGCGAGCAUGCCAAUGAGCCUGUCAACGAUGGCCAAGAGCAAGAAUACGAAGAUGCCGUCACCGCCGCUGAUUCUGAUCGCGACUCCGAUGCGCUGUCCGAGGUAGACGAGGAUCAGUUCGAGGAUUACGACCCAGAAACGGCCAACAUCGAAGACCGUCCCGUCGACAUUGACGAAGAUGUUGCUCGCACAUUGAAAGCUACAAAGCGAAAGCGCGCAGACGGAGAGGCCCCAAAGAAACCACGUGAAGGUCGCCGAGAUAAGAAGCGCCGAGAUCGAGAUGAAGAUGUUGAUAUGGAUGAUGCAGAGGAUGGAGGCAAAAAGUCACGACGUUCAAGACGCGCUGCCGGUGAUGGAGAGCGACGUCAACGUUCUAAGCCUGCUAGUCCAGAGCCAGAGAAGGAAGAGAACUUGACACCGGCAGAGCGAAAGCAGCGAGAGCUUGACCGAAUGAUAGAUGCGGCAAUCAAGAAGCCAAGCGGUCUCAAGCGCAGGAAGAAGGAUGAGAUUGAUCUUGAGGACGAGAUUGAUGACCUUCUAGCGGAUCUCAAGGUACAGAUGGAGCAGGCUUGUCAGGCUGAUAACCAGGCUCGCGAGGCCGGCCAACCAGCUCUGCACAAGCUGAAGCUUCUCCCCGAGGUCACCGCUAUCUUGAACCGAAACAACGUCCAACAUGCCGUUCUGGACCCCGAUACGAACUUUUUGCAGCACGUAAAGUUCUUCUUGGAGCCUCUGAACGACGGCUCUCUUCCAGCGUACAACAUUCAACGCGACAUCUUCAACGCUCUCGCCAAGAUGAACAUCGAGAAAGAGGCACUCCUCAGCAGCGGUAUCGGAAGAGUGGUGGUGUUCUAUACUCGUAGCAAGAAGCCCGAACCCAGUAUCAAGAGAAUUGCUACACGACUCCUGGGAGAAUGGAGUCGACCUAUCCUGAAACGAACCGACGAUUACAAGAAGCGCCAGAUCGAGACCCGUGACUACGAUUAUGAAUCUGCCAAGAUGGCACAACGCCAGAAGACAAGCUCUCAAUUCAGCCUUUCCCAGCGUCCUGCCGUCAACGCCAAGGAUGCUGAGCGCGAACGUCUACUGGCCCCAUCACGAGGUAACAACUCGGCGCGUAUGGUCAACUUGCCUUCGAGCUACACUGUUGCUCCCCAGAGCACCUUUAUGGGCUCGCAAAACUCCAGCCAUCGUCCCCUUGGUGCAGGUGGUAUGGAAGCUUUCCGCAAGAUGGCCCAGAAGAGCAAGAAGCGGGCUAACUAA